UCCGUCUUCCCCGGUGGUGGGUUGGCUCCCUUUUGUAGCCACGGAGGAGCUCCUUGGAGGGUGGUCGCCUCCACACCCCACAUUCCCGGAGCUCUCUGCAACCGCACCCGGGGCUGGCCGCCAAAUAAUGCUGUCCCUCGGGGAGAAGACAGGAACAAGGGGGCUGCCCUACAGCCGAGGACUGGACUUAGUGCUGGGGGCACCCCUUGCCUCCUGCGGCUGGCACCGUAGGUGGAUCCCCAUCAAGCCUAGGACCUGGGUGUGGCUUUUCCAAUGAAGCUGGUGGACGGUGCUCAGGGGUCCAGAACUUGGCAAGGCAGAGAGAAGAUGUGAGGUGGCGGUCGGGAAUAUGCCGGCCCAGAGGGACACCCCGGCUCCCCGGGUCCCCACCUCUUGACCUCUGCAGCGUUGGAGAGCAGCAGCCUGAGCCAGGACAGCCCCGAGGACGAAGUCACCAUGGCUCCGCCAAACCCCGCGCAGUCGGGGGAAGAGCUGGGCGAGCUGGAGCCGGAAGGGUCGGUCCCCUCCGCGCACCGCCACCCGGCUGCCCUAUCACCGCUGCCCCCAGAGGCGGCUGGAGCGGAGCACACGCUCGCCCCCAGGAACAAGCUGCCGCUCAAGCCGGUGAACAAGGCCGGGAAGGUGCCGAGGCCCAAGACCACCUCCGCGUCCUCCUACCAGGGAGGACGUCCUCCUACCGGGGCGCACCCCACAGCCUCCGCGGGCCCGGGUCCCCGCUCCUCCUCCACUGAGAAGCCCCGCCCACCGGAGGACUUGGACGCGGGGGUCCCCUCCCAGCCGUCCUCAGAGGGGCCAGUCUGGGGGCAUCGCAAAGAGGCCACAGUGCCCACGACCCCUGAGCCCCUACAGAUCUCCCCCUUCACCUCAGAGCCCUUGGUGGCGCACACGCUCCUGCAGAGGCCCGCGCCAGGGGACCCGGCCUCCCACGCAGAAGAAGAGGCCCCGGAAGCUCCCCCUGAGGACGCCAGCCCUGGCACCCUCAUGGACAAGGGUGACAACGAUCUGACCGGGUCGGCCUCGGAGGAGAGCCAGGAGACCACCACUUCCACCAUCAUCACCACCACGGUCAUCACCACCGAACAGGCCCCAGCUCUGUGCAGCGUGAGCUUCUCCGACCCUGAGGGAUACAUCGACUCCAGUGAUUACCUCCCGCUGCCCUUCAACAACUUCCUGGAGUGCACGUACAAUGUGACGGUCUACACUGGCUACGGGGUGGAGCUCCAGGUGAAGAGCGUGAACCUGUCGGAGGGGGAGCUGCUCUCCAUCCGAGGUGGGGAUGGCCCCACCCUGACUGUCCUGGCCAACCAGACACUGCUGGUGGAAGGCCAGGUGAUCCGGAGCCCCACCAACACCAUCUCUGUCUACUUCCGGACCUUCCAGGAUGAUGGCCUCGGCACCUUCCAGCUGCACUACCAGGCCUUCAUGCUGAGCUGCAGCUUUCCCCGCCGGCCCGACUCUGGGGACGUCACGGUGAUGGACCUGCACUCGGGCGGGGUGGCCCACUUCCACUGCCACCCGGGCUACGAGCUGCAGGGCGCCAAGAUGCUGACGUGCAUCAAUGCCUCCAAGCCCCACUGGAGCAGCCAGGAGCCCGUCUGCUCAGCCCCUUGCGGAGGAGCAGUGCACAACGCCACCAUCGGCCGUGUCCUCUCCCCCAGUCACCCUGGAAACAGCAAUGGGAGCCAGUUCUGCGUGUGGACCAUCGAAGCACCCGAGGGGCAGAAGCUGCACUUGCACUUUGAGAGGCUGUCGCUGCAUGACAAGGACAGGAUGGCGGUGUACAGUGGGCAAACCAACAAGUCCGCCCUGCUGUACGACUCCCUGCAGGCCGACAGCGUCCCCUUCGAGGGGCUGCUGAGUGACAGCAACGGCAUCCGCAUCGAGUUCUCCUCCCACCAGGGCCAGGUGGCCUCAGCCUUCAACAUCCGCUUCGAGGCUUUUGAGAAAGGCCACUGCUACGAGCCCUACAUCCAGAACGGGAACUUCACCACGUCCGACCCGACCUACAACAUCGGAACGGUAGUGGAGUUCACCUGUGACCCGGGACACUCCCUGGAGCAGGGCCCAGCCAUCAUCGAGUGCGUCAAUGUGCGUGACCCCUACUGGAAUGACACGGAGCCCCUGUGCAGAGCUAUGUGUGGUGGGGAGCUGUCUGCUGUGGCUGGGGUGGUGCUGUCCCCAAACUGGCCAGAGCCCUAUGUGGAGGGUGAAGACUGUGUCUGGAAGAUCCACGUAGGGGAAGAGAAGCGGAUCUUCCUAGAUAUCCAGUUCCUAAACCUCAGCAACAGCGACAUCCUGACCAUCUAUGAUGGCGACGAGGUCGUGCCCCACAUCCUGGGCCAGUACCUGGGCAGCAGCAGCCCGCAGAAGCUGUACUCCUCCACGCCAGACCUGACCAUCCAGUUCCACUCCGACCCUGCCGGCCUCAUCUUCGGGAAGGGCCAGGGAUUCAUCAUGAACUACAUAGAGGUGUCAAGGAAUGACUCGUGCUCAGACUUGCCUGAGAUCCAGAAUGGCUGGAAAACUACAUCUCACACGGAGCUGGUGAGGGGAGCCAGAAUCACGUACCAGUGUGACCCCGGCUACGACAUUGUGGGGAGCGACACCCUCACCUGCCAGUGGGACCUCAGUUGGAGCAGCGACCCCCCCUUUUGUGAAAAAAUUAUGUACUGCACCGACCCCGGAGAGGUGGACCACUCGACCCGCCUAAUCUCCGACCCCGUGCUGCUGGUGGGAACCACCAUCCAGUACACCUGCAACCCCGGCUUCGUGUUGGAAGGGAGCUCACUGCUCACCUGCUACAGCCGUGAGACCGGCACGCCCAUCUGGACAUCGCGCCUGCCCCAUUGCGUCUCGGAGGAGUCCCUGGCGUGUGACAACCCAGGGCUGCCUGAAAAUGGGUACCAGAUCCUAUACAAGCGGCUGUACCUCCCGGGAGAGUCCCUCACCUUCAUGUGCUACGAAGGUUUCGAGCUCAUGGGCGAAGUGACCAUCCGCUGCAUCCUGGGGCAACCGUCACACUGGAACGGGCCCCUGCCUGUCUGCAAAGUUAAUCAAGACAGUUUUGAACAUGCUUUAGAAGUAGCAGAAGCGGCAGCCGAGUCUUCCCUGGAAGGAGGAAAUAUGGCGCUGGCUAUCUUCAUCCCUGUCCUCAUCAUCUCCUUGCUGCUGGGAGGAGCCUACAUUUACAUUACCAGGUGUCGCUACUACUCCAGCCUCCGCCUGCCCCUCAUGUACUCCCACCCCUACAGCCAGAUCACCGUGGAGACCGAGUUUGACAACCCCAUCUACGAGACGGGGGAAACCAGAGAGUAUGAGGUUUCUAUCUAAAGAGCUGCACUAGAGAAGGGAGCUCACAGACAUGAACUCGGUUACAACCUCCUCAAGACAUCCAUCCAGAGACCAUGUGGCAUUUGAUCGAAACCCCGGAGUGUCUGCUGUCUUCUCUUUAGACUCUUGAUUGAAGAUUUACUGUUUUCUUUGCUGUAUUUAUUAUAUUUAAGAUUGAAGUAGAUGUGGUUUGAUGUACUGCGGCUGCAGCCAAGUUCAUUGACAGCCUCCAUUCCCAAGGCAGGUGGAAUAUCUGCAAAGUGGCAAACAGCAGCAGCGACAAACAAACAACAACAACACAUCAAGUCUCUCCCGUCAUCAGCAAUGGCAUGCUGAGGCUGCAUCAAGUUGCACACAUCUUUGGCAUCCAUGCCCAGAGUGUUUUGGGUACAAAUCUAUCUCCCAAGAUUAGGUUGGAAAGGGUGUUUCUCAUUGGGUUAUCACGGGUUGGAAUUUAGCACAGGUACUUAAGCCCAUUCCUUGUUUUGGUCCAAAACAGAUUCCGUGUCAUCUUUUCUAAUGUUACCAGCUCCUAAAAUGCCAUACCCCAUCUCCUCUGUCUCAUGGAUUUUCUGAAGGCAGCCCAGAUGUCACAUAAACAUUCUCUUGUACCACCCUGACCUCCCUGGAUGCUGGCAAAAUCUGAAGAAAAUGUUUUCUUCCUAAAAAGGUGAUAAGUGACAAAGGAGAAUUUUUAGAGAAGAUGAGAGGUCUAAGAGUUCCAAGGAGGAAAUGGGGUGAAGGGGUACAUUGGUUGAAGGAAUUGGGUUAAUAAAACGUUCUUUUCCUUGACACUCCUUCGAUGAUGACAGAGCUGGUGAUUUAUGCAAGUGCCAGAAUCGAUCGCCUUGUUGGGCAGGGCCACCCUCCAGCAAGGAUAAUAAGUCUGCAGGCAUGGGAGACAGGCGGCUUCACCCCCACAGUUACAGGGCUCGUGCUGGGAGAGAGGAGGUGCCGUGCUCUGAAGUUCAGGGGUGAGCGGUUUUCCUCCUGGGGUUCUGGGAUAUCUUGGCCUACAGCAUAGGAGAUGGUCAAAUGCACUGCUUCCCUAAAAGAUGUCCUCUUCAGAGGCCAUAUCUCCCAGGGGGGGAAGGCUCUAGGAGGAAGAGGAAGGACGAUCCUGCUGUCCUGUUCUCUGGAACUUCGUAUGUUGGAUGGCAGUGUGGAUGCUGACUGUGGAGCUUCAGACAAUAGGACCAGGGGCUGAAAUCACAACAAACUGUACCAUGGACUCUGCAUCAUCCGAUCUGAGCAUCAAGGAGGAGAGGAAGAGGAAUUUCAGGUCAAACCAGGAAGUCAUUGCAGUGUAUCCAGUUACAUGAGCAUCUUGAGAUUUUAUCAGGGUCCUUUUGCCCCAAUCCAGUGGAACUGUGAGUGUGUGGCUCUUGAGAAGAUUCUUUUCUACAUAUGAGGUUUUUUUAUGAAAAGGCAGAGGGUGAAGGUGCACAGAUGGAAUGGUCCAUGUGGGGUGAUUCAGUUCCCUGGUGUCAUGUGGUAACCACGCAGCCAGGGCACAGCUCAGCCAGGCAGGCACAGGUUCAGUGGUUUUUGAUGCCCUCCCUUGCUCUCUAGAACUGUUUUAAAUCUGCUGGUUUUCAAACAAAGAAGGGACCAUGCUGGCUGCCAAGCCCAAAAGAGAAUGGUUAGGAGUCCGUAUCUUCGCAGUUGCUUCGGGAACAUCUUGAGCAAGAGAGGAAAUUGGUCUUAUGCAACCCCUGCCCCACUACAGCUCAGACCUCAAUCCUACGGGUGAGUCUGCCAGAGAAGAGUCCUACAUGUGUGCUCCCGAAGGCAGAAGCAUUUAUGGGGCAGAGCAGAAGACAACAAAGGCCUGUUUUCCAGGCCCCUAAAGCUCACCCCAUUUAUGAAAGAACCAGAGAACAGGCGUUCGAGGCCACUGGUGAGCAAUGUUGCUUUGGAGAAAGACAAGACAAAUAACAUAACCUUGUUUUGAAAGGCAGAAAUCCAACCUUCGCUUCGAUUUCUAUUUGAUGCUUAUUCUAACCCUAACCUUGAGUCGUCUGCAAGGAAGAACUCUAUUAAUAAUAUUUGAUUUUAGAACAUUCCAUGGUUAGGUGAAAACUAAACAUUUGCCUUUUGUAAGACUGACAAGAUACAAAAUCGUUCUUUUAACCCUGCUCCCUGAAAGUGGCCAGGUCACGGCCCAGGUAUUCUUACUGGCUAUUGGACAGAUAGAGAAGAUGGUGUUUUGGUGGGGGAUUUUUUUUUCAAGAGACCAAUGUCCUAGCUCUGUCUUAGUAUACAGCACUUGUAACUAUGUUUUAAAAGUUUGUUGUAGCCUAGAGUUGGGUCAUGCAAGUUCAGCAACGUGCAGUGUGAUUGAAAAGACAGGUUGGUGUCUAUUUUUUCUUUUUAAAAUAUCUAAGUGUGUAUUUGUAAUAUGUAAAGGUAAAAAAAUUAGUGCCAAAAAUGUAUGAGGCAUCUCAUCACAGUUCAUCUAUGUCUGUUUUUAUAAGAUCAAAAUCAAAACCCAUCAGGAUGAAAUAUUUUUGGACAGAAUACCCUCUUGAGAAACUUGAGAAUGGACUGAGCCUUCCUACAAGUCACUCGUUCUUAAAAUAGCGGGGAAAUAUGUUUACAGAGAGUGUGAACUUCAGAGAAUGCAUGUGCUGGUGUGUGUUACACACUAAUUCAUACAGGCUGUAUUGUCAGCUACCACCCUGUGCUUUAAAAAUGCACACACUCAACCCUCCUCAGCUUGGAGCUCAGCCUUUUCUUUUCCUUUUUCCUUUUUGGUAGAAUUAUUUAUCCAGCCUAAGUAUUCUGAUUGCUAUCUGACAGCCAUCUUUACUUAAUCCCAUGGAUGUACUUUACCUGGAAGUGCUUUUGAAGUCAGCCCCUUGGAGAGCUUAUGGAACAUCAUGCUGAUAGCUUUGAAACCUGCCAAGCAGCUCAGAAGAAAGAAAACUGGCCACACAACCAGGAGAAUGGAAUAGAGGAGGGAUUUGGCAAAGAGUGGGUAGCUUAAAGCUGAUAUACGGCCCUUGGGCAAAAAUGGCUUUCCCUGGGAUACAUCCAAAGAGCACGACCCAUCUAUGUCCUGAUGAGGUGUAAUGGGUCAUUUGAGGUCAGAUAUUACAAGUUGUCCAGCAUCCCCAAAGGUAGGCUUUCUCCUGGGAAAUUUUCUUUCAUUUUCAUUUUAUCAUCAAACAGAAUAAAAAGCAGAACAAACUUUCUAAGCUAGAAUAAUGAAAUUAAGUCAUUUUCCACUUUGUAUAUAUUGAUGCUAAUAAAACAAAUGAAAAAAAGA